GCCGCAUCUCCAGUCACCCCAGAACACUAGCCCGCCGCCCGCCACAGGGAGCCGCUGGCGGGGCCGCCAGCCGCCACAAGUAGCCGAGCCCGGCGCCCGCGCGCAGGGCCGCCCGCCGCCCCGCGGGGCCGCGGCCGCCGGGUUCGCGGGGCCGCGCCCGCGCUGCGGGGAUCCGCGGCCGCUGCCGCUGCCUGCGCUCGGAGCCGCCCUCACCGGCGUCCCUCCGCGGCCGGAGGCAGGGGCCAGCACGUAGCGCGCACCGUGGGAGCAGGCCGCCCAGGGACUCGAGCAUCCAAGUUAGCUAUAAGCUCAACAUACAAAUAGGAGCAUUUAGAGCAGACUUUGAUGAUUCCAGACUUUGCUAUUGCUAUGCUUUGCAUGGAGGCACUUCCACUGGCCCAGCGCACCUCGGGAAUCCCUUGGCUGUGUGCAGCAAGUUGAGCUCCGCUUGCCAGCUCGGCCCCUGACUCGGCCAUCGAGCGCCGCCUUCGCGCAGGGCUGCCGCUAGUUCCCUCGGCCCCUCCGUCGCUCGCCUGCCAGCUAGCCAAGAACAGCAGGUGCUGCAGCUUGGACAAAGUCGUAGAUGAUGACUUCACCAACUUCAUAGAUUUGGUUGAUGAAGUUGUUGACAAGUAUCCUCCCAAUUUCGGUCACAUAGUGAAACUAUUUUACUCAUGCAUGGAUACAAAGGCCAACAUUCAAGUCUGCUCUGACCAAGAUUUAGUUGAAAUAUUUGCAAAAUAUAAAGCUUCAAAGUGCUGCUAUUUGACUUUCUAUUAUCAUAGCCUUGCUAGUGAGCCUCCUGAGAUUUCUGUAUGGGAUGUCAGUACUACUGCCAGUUAGAUGAAGACUCAUUCAUCCUUUCAGUACCAUGUCCUAGCAUAGCAGAAUCAAGCCUUCAAACUCAGACUUAAUGUGCUGAAACAGAAAAAAUGCCUAACCCAAACCCAGGCAGUGAGCAUGUGGGUAAUGAUGGCGAAGGGUUGUAUAUUGACCUUGGUCCCCAAUAUCCGAAACCUGUCAAUCCUGAAGCAUCCCCAUUAGACACAAGCUAUGAUUUAGACGGUGUUGACGAAUCUUCCUCGGAUGAGGAAGAUGGAGUAGAGGACAUAGAUGAGAUUGUCAAAGAUAGAGAGCAUGCAUAGAAACUUGAAUUGAAUUAUGAUAAGAAUGGUCCUCCUAUGGCUGUAGAAACUUUGUAUUCAGAUAUGAGUGCUUUUAAGUUGGUUUUAGCUUCUCAUGCUACCAAAUAUGAGUUUCAUUAUAACAUUAAAAAGAGUGAUAAGACUCGCUACACGGUGUACUGCAGUGGCAAGAAUGUGGGUUGCAGGUGGAGACUUCAUGCCUCUACUGUUCAGGAUGAGUGCACUGUUAAGGUCAAGACGAACCCAUACCCUCAUGAGGAGUGUCACAGCACUAGGAGGGCAGGCACAUGUGUAGGGGUGACAUAGUUCUGGGUGUGUGAUCAAAUGCUUGAUUGGCUAAAGGAAGAUGGAAAUUUGGGAGAAAAGAGCUGAGAAAAAAGCUGAAGAAAAAUCACAAAGUAGAUGUGGCCUACAAGAAAGUUUACCAAGUUCUUACAGGAUUGUAGUCAACUUAAUGGAGAGGACAUGCACAUGCAAGAUUUGGCAAGGGUCAGGAAUACCUUGCAAACAUGUUAUUGCCUACAUCACAUCAAUUCCUGGUGCUAUCCUAAAAGACUAUAUGGAUGAGUACUACUCAGUUGAGAAAUUCAAAGUUGCAUAUGAAGAUUCUAUCCCUAGUACUCCUGACAAGUCCAAUUGGCCUAGAGCAACACAUGGCUUCUUCAUGCAUCCUCCAUUGCAUAAGGCAACUACAGAAAGGAGAAAGAACAAGAUAAAAUCAGCUUUGGAAGAAGGCAAUAGCGGGAAGAAGAGACAUGAGUGCCCAAUAUGCCAUGAGUUAGGGCACCAUUGGUACACCUGUAACAAUCGAAAUCCAGAGGAUAUAGCUGCAAUGGAGGCUGCAGGGGUCACCAAAGAAAAACUCAAGAAAACAGCUCCUUGUACCAUAGAGGCUAGCAUUGUUGUGGCUAAUCCUACAUUAAGGAUGGUUCUCCCACACAAUGAUGCGGUGGCCAAUGCUGCACACCAGAAAAGGAAGAAAAAAUCAUCUACAAAAACAUGUGUCAAUAAAAGGAAGAGGCCACCAACCACUACUUCAACUAGUACUGCCAAUACUUUGUCUAGCAGGUGUGCUCGAUUUGGAAUAGGAUCCAAUGAUCCUCUUCCUCGCCAAAUUGUGCACCCUGCUCCUUUUCAUCAAGACAUUGGAGCUAUGAAGCCUCAGCACAUACAAUGCAGAUACCAAGGAAGAAACGUGCCAUCAUGAAGAAGCUUACACCAAAGAGGGCUCCAGUUGAGACAACCAGCCCAUCCAACCCAGCUUCAAAUACUAGAAGAAAAAAAAACUUCAGCUUGAAUAAAGUUUGAUUUCUGAGUGCUAUUCUGAGAAUAGUUUUUCCUAUGUGAUGAAGCAUCAGUUUCUUUUGGCAUGCCCAGUACUUAUGGUCUGGAGGAACUACUUCUUUUGCUUUGAUGUUUCAUGCCAUGGUCAUGUAAUUUAAGGCACUUGUGGUUUGGAUAUCUAGUACUUAUGUGAUGAAAACUAGUCAAUUUAUUAGCUUAAAUGUUGAUGAAAAGAAGUACUUGUUGCUGAUAUUUGUUGCUCUAAUUACUGGAUGAAAAUGGUGUGUGGCUUCA